AUUGUAUUUUCAGCCCCAUCGCUGCAAGCGCAUUGUUUCCGCCUGUGCUCACUCAGUCCGCUAGGCCGGCUGCUGCACGCUGUGUAACUAGAAGCGGCCGCACCAAAGAAUCAUGUCGAUCGCGUUGCUGCUUAUAUCUUCCGCGCUGCUAGCAGCAUUUGCAUCAGAUAUUGCUAAUCCACCAAAUAGCAGCAUAUCACCAGUUGUCGCCACAACAAAGGGAUAUUCUUUAAAGAGCAUCUCUGUUACAUUGACUCAUGAGAUUACAUCAAGUGGGACUAAAAAUGAUAACUUUAAUGAGACAGAGGACAAGCCAUCGUAUAACACAACAACAACAACAAGUGUGACAUCAACUACUGGAACAACAAUAACAACUACAAAGCCAACAUCUGAUUUACCAAUAAUAGGAACAAAGGAACCACAAACCAGUGCAACAACAAAAAUAACAAAUGGGUCAUUAAACAGUUUGACAACAAUAGGAACAAAAGGAACAUCAGCCAGUGCCACAAUAACAGCAACUUGGACAUCAGCCAAUGCACCCACAACAGUUAGGACAUCAGCUGAUGUGACGUUAUCAACAGUAAAGGGGCCUUCAACCAGUAAAACAAUUUUAACCACAAAAGAGUCAUCAACCAACAUGACAUCAACUGUAAAUCGGACAUCAGCCAAAGUGACAACAAUAACAACAAAUGGGACAUCCACCAAUGCGAAAACGAUACCAAUGACAGCAUCACAGAAAACACCAACAGUAAUGGCAGUGUCCUCGAAAACAGUUUUAACCUCACCUGUCUUUCAUGCAUCAUCUGUCCUUACAUCUUAUCCAUCUGAAAAGCUUCCACCCAACGCAUUAAGUUCAGGCAGUGUUGCUGGUGUAGUCUUUGGAUGCAUUUUAAUCAUAAUUCUGAUAUUUGGAAUAGCGUAUUACUUAAAGAUAAGGAGGCCAUCAUAUGGACGGCUUUUGGAUGAUGGUGACUAUGGAUCUGUUGGGAAUUUCAGCAACCCUGUCUUUGAUAAUUCAUGAUGAAGAUGUGGCACUCAAUGACAUUUCCUUUGUAAAUUAGCUGUAAAUGCCUUGUUAAUUUGAUUGGUAUGUAAACAGGCUAAGUAGUUUAAUUAAAAUUAGGUGUGGAAAUUGAUUAACGUUUUUGUUUUAUUUAACAAAAAAAGUAUAUUGUGAACAUUGUACUAAAAUGUUGGAAUACAAAGUUUUUUUAUUUUGUAUGUUUUAUAAUGCCAAAUAUAGAGAUUUUAGUUUUAAACCUAAAUGCACUUUAUAUUAAAGGCUUUGUGUAAUAUAUAUUAAUACACAAUACUGCUUAGUCCUGUUCGCUAGAGAUCUAACUCUUUGAAAAGUGCAUUGAAUUGAUAUUUUAGGCACUGAACAUGCACUUUUAUGUGUAAAGAGUACUGAAUAUGUAAUGAUAAAAAACGGAGAAGAAAUCAAAAAUGUUCAAAAUAAAUGUUUGGUAGAUAUAUGUAAAACCCACAAAUUAUGUCUGCUUCUUAUUUUUAAACUGCAUUUUUAGGUUUGGACAUCUAAUUUGUAGAGUUUACAGUGUUUUUUGUGAUUUUGAAUUUUAUUGCAGCCUCAGCUUUUAAAUAAACACUGCAAAAAUAAUAAAUAUGACAUAUG